AUGUGUAUUGACAUCAAUCAGUCGUUGCCGCCGGAGCUCUCUUUCUUGAUUCUGAGUCAGCUGGAGCUGGAUGAUCUUUUGCAAUGUACCCUUGUCAGCCAAACCUGGGCUAGACUGUGCAAUGAACAAGUACUCUGGGCAUACCUAUGCGCCUCUCAUUCCCCACCCAUAAAACCAAUGUCGAUCACCUGGCAGGACAUCACCACCAACCGUAUCCUCCCUCCUUCAACUCAAGAGGACACCGACGACCCUACAUUCGACGUAUCUCCAUCCGACGAGAGACUGAGUAACCACCAUGAGCUCCUCUCCGCCCAUGCAGUCCAACAUGAUAGCGGGGGCGCAGCUGCAGCGGAUCCGCUGGGGAUGAGCGGUGGAUUGAGGAGGAAUGUAUGGGAGAGAGGCGGAGCCGGGAUUGGAGAAACUCUUCCGACUCAUCUGCACAAGGCGUUGGACUUUUGGGAUCGGCAGCAAGAAGCAAGAGUCAUAGACGCACCCGUGGCUUCUCACAUGGCGGUUCCCUCGGCCAAGCCCCAAGUCAACUUUAAACACCUGUUCAUCCUCCACCAUGUCCUGCGAAAGCGGAUGACGACGCCCAGGUCAAUCGGAUCGAAUAUAUCCCAGUCACAGCCGUUUACGACAGGGAAAGUGCACCGAGACGUUCCUCGGCCACCUCCUCUGCCCAAACCACGGGCCGUCGACGCAAUAUCUUCAGUCAAGUACGGCGGUCUUCCCGGCCAUUCGGAAGCCGUUUACUCGUUGACACUGGUCAAUCACGCGAUGACGAUUACCAUGCUACAGGUGUGUCCCGACUGCAACAUCCAAUUGGGGAUCAACCCUGGUCUGCCCGGUACGGCGGAGGGGCAAUUCCAGCGCUCCGUCAUGAACAACGUCAUGUCUCUUGAUGGUGUCCCGUCCUCGUCUCGACGUGCUUCUCUCGACGACUCGGCCAUAAACAGGAACGUCGUGAGUGGGCGAGAUUGGCUAUUGUCUGGCUCGCGAGACAAGACCUUGCGCCUCUGGCAGCUCACCCCUGUCCCAAGGGUGGUCAAAAUCUUCCACGGCGGCCACACUUCCUCUGUCCUCACACAUUCAAUAGUCACGUUACCAGAGCACGGCAUCCUCCCUCUACUCUCCCUAUCGUCACCCUCAAAGCUUUCGCGCUUCUCUCUCGAUAGGGAGGCAAAGAAGAGGCUGAUGGCUGUCAGUGGCGGAAGUGAUGGGAGGAUAUGCUUGUGGGAUGUCGAGGGGGGCAGUGGAGAGCCUGUCAAGUGCGUGAAUGCCCAUGACCAAUCGGUCCUCUGCGUGAGGGCAGACGAGGAGAGGGUUGUCAACAAAACGAUCAGAGUCUUUGACAUAUACACUUUGGAAGAACUCAUGGUCAUCGGCGGCGCCACCGACCCACGAAUGCACCGCGGGGCGGUCAAUGCUGUCGGGUUGUCCAAGGAUCUCAUCGUCUCUGCGUCUGGUGACAGAAGCCUUCGUGUCUGGUCGAUACAUACAGGCGCCCUCCUGGCCUGCCUUGAUGGUCAUCACCGCGGUAUCGCCAGUAUUGACGUCUGCCAAGUACCCAAAAAGCUUCCUUUUCUUCGCAAAGGACAGAUUUGUAAAGGAACAAUAAUCACAGGGUCUUCCGACGCAUCCAUCAAGAGCUUUUACCUUAUCGAAGAACAGCCCUCGGUCUCUGAUGUUGUUCAUGGCGACCUGGACAUGUGGUCAGCUUCAGAAAGUGAACCGGAAGAUGAGAAUAUACACAAUGCGCAUCAUCCCCUCCCAUCCCCGCCUCUUACUCAGAUUCCUACAGAGCUCACAGAAAGAAACACCAAGAUUGCUCUUAUUGAACGAGAUGUCUUUUGGUCGCCAUGUGUAUGUCCACCUGGACUCAUGAGGCCAGACGCAUCUGGGACAUGUGCAAGGUGCUACAACAGAGGGCAUCUGGAUCUUGUACGAUCUGUACAUCUUGGCAAGGAUGUGGUGCUCUCUGCGAGUUAUGAUGCUACCGUCAAAAUCUGGAAUAGGAAAUCUGGCAGAGUUGUAGCCGAUCUCAAAGACGCUCACGCGGGCCGUAUCUUCUGCGUCGUUGGUGAUCGAUUGCGGGUGGUAUCAUCUGGUCUAGACUGCAGGAUCAACAUCUGGGACUUUUCGGAGGGGCUCGAUACAUCUUUUGUGGAGCCAUAG